UCUUGAAAGGAUCAUUCUACGUACUUCUUCUAUAUAGUGAGAGAGAGCCUCACAUACAUAAAUAGAAGUCCCCUAAUAUUAUUACUAAUUAUAACAAGAAUAUACUUAUUAUCUUAAGAUGAGGUGAUGUACGCUGACUCAUCAAGAGGAGGACUCAGUUCGACGGGAGAAGUGAUACGUGCCGAGAUUUGACUGGUUCACCAGAGUGCAAAACCAAAAGAAACGAAAAUGGGGAGGAUGACGUGGUUCGACGCCAACGGGAUGAAGAAAGGAGAGUGGACGGCGGAGGAAGACCGGACGCUCGUCGCGUACAUCAAAGUACACGGUCUCGGCAACUGGGGUAUACUGGCUAAGAAAGCAGGUCUGCCAAGAUGUGGAAGGAGUUGUAGAUUAAGGUGGCUGAAUUAUCUGAGGCCAGGGAUUAAAAGAAGCAAGUUCACUGCUCAGGAGGAAAACGAAAUCAUCAAGUAUCAUGCCCUUAUUGGAAACAGGUGGGCAGUAAUAGCUAAGCAAUUACCGAACCGAACAGACCAUGACAUCAAGAACCAUUGGAACUCAAGUCUUAAAAAAAGACUCGCGAAAGAAAGAAUUGAUCCAGUGACACAUGAGCCGACGAUCCUAACCGUCGAAGCCACCUCCUCCUCAACGACGUCGCCAUCUUCGAUACCGAGCACUACUUCUUCUUCUUCUUCUUUUUCAUCUACUGGCUCAGUACGUCUCCUUAACAAGCUCGCUGCUGGUAUCGCCUCGAGAAAAUACAAACUCGACAAGAUCAAGAUGGUGAUAUUCUCUGAACAACCAAGAGAAGCCAAUGAUAAAGAGAAGAUGCUGAUAACCAUGGAAGAUGAGGAUUUGAUUGCAUUGUUUUGGGAACUACCUUGUCAUGACUCUACUGCUACGACGACUGGCUUUUGAUGACUACUCAAUAUUGAACCAUGUUGUACUACGUCUAGCUACCAGUGUCCCAAAUAACACCGCAAAGCAAGAAUAAGUUUCGAAAAGCAAGAAGUGCGGUACCGCCGUGACGUUUCCAAUAGUAACAAAAAAAACUUUACAUAUACGUAUGUAUUUAUACUUUUUCGUUAUUAUUAGAACCGUACUACAGUUGUACCACAUAUUAUCAUUAUUAUUCAAAGCCAAAAAGUGGUAGAAAUAUGAACAAAUGACUCAUGUA